GUUGCUUAUUGAUUCAGAAGACGAGUUUCAACUACCUGUGCCCAGAAACUUUCAGUUCUAAAUUCAAUUUUGCAAGAUACAUACUUAUUUGAAAAGCAAACAUCAAAUUAGUUGAAUAUUCAAUCCAUGCCAAACCAGAUAUCGACGGAUCGUCAGAUAUUUGGACAUGUUUGAGGUUUUUGGUUUAGUUCCAAUCAUGCUAAAAGAGAAACACAAGUCCAGAAAAUCUCCAGCCAACAAGCAAAGUUAUUCGAAAUCAUCUCCAACUUUAUCAGGACAGCCUAGCUUCAUUUUAAUAUUUGCAUAGCACUCGUACAGCAAAAUUUGCAAAUCCAACAGAUUCUAUUGAAUCUGUCGAACUCUGAGAAACUCAAAAUUGAAAUUAUUAAAGAAAAACAUGAAGAAUGAACAGUCUUGCAAAAGGUGCUGUUCCUUUCGGCGUUAAGCAAAGCCUGGAUUUGACUCUUAUAACUGACACAUUCAUUUCAUGCAUAUCUACAUUUAUGCACAUUGAAGGUUUUGAUAUCACGUUUAUCCUAGACAUAAGCUUUAACUAAUUAUUUAGAAUCUACACUUUCUAAAUGCAAAAUUGGUUUUUUGGUUUGGACGGAGUUUAGUUGCAUUUUCACCAAUAACCCUUCAUCGUUCUUGCUUUCGUUCUCUCUCUGCCCCAACCCAACUGGGACAAGAUGCUGAGAAUCAUCCCUUGCCAGCAGUAUAGAAAACGUCAUUGGAAUUGCAAUUCUGGCAAACGGGAAGGAGAGAUUUCUGUGAAACAGGAGGGAGACGAGGAAAAUGUCUGCUAAAAUAGAGCAGAGCAAUGCGAGGAAACUCCCUGAAUACAGAUUCCUACAAAAGCCCAGCAAAUCCGAGAACUAACCGAACCCGGCUUUCUCCUACCAACAUACCACACACACCACUGACAACUACCACCAAUACCCGUUUCAGAUGCGACGACCAGGCAGCAGCUUCCAACUCUCCAACUCUUCUCCGUUGGGCGAAAGUCGUCUCAUUCUCCCAUAAGCUUCCUUUCCUCACACAUCCCGCUACUUGUCGUUCCUUGUGCGGAACAAAAAAAAACAUUUUUGGGUACGAAUUCUUCUCAUUCGGCCCAAUAAUUUUCUUGUCUCUCUCCUUCACUGCAGAUUUGAAUACGGAAGAAUUCACUCCACAUUUCUCACAUGAAGAGUACAUCCAGUGCGGGGAGGGGGAUAAAAAGUGGUCUAGUUUUGUAGAGAAAAGCGGAUUGGCAGAGAAAGUGAAGUAGCAUUGGUAAUCUGGUACUAAGCAAUUCUUCUGGUCCUUAUUCUUUGCAGUGGAAUAACCAAUGGUGGAAGAGAUUGAAAGAUUGUAGUUCUUGUUAUAAAUAUUUAUUGACCCAAUUCCGAUUUCUGGCUGGAUCGUCAAAGUCACCAGCAAGUGAAAAUAGGCAUCAUCUUUUAAUUUCAAUGUGAGCAACCUGUAAAUACAUUUGUUGAGGAUGAUAAAUUGGACAUCAACCUUAAUGUGAGGGAAUUGUUACUGACAAGUGUCAGCUUAAAUCAUUAGUCUUGAUGUUAUCUUGUCUCCCAAAAAUUCAGAGAGUGCCCACCAGAAACUGGUGGAUCAGUCUGGUGUGUAACUGAAUUUAUGUGAAAUUUUAAUCAGGCCGGAUUUGCUCUGUCUUUCUCAAAAACUCUUCCCAAACUCAAACAUUUACUUUCUUCCGUGGUUGGUUAGACAAUAUAGAUACAGACACGAGGGAAAUUGCUCCAGUCAAGACUUUGGUUUAACUUAUGCAACUCUGCCUACGACUUAUUGCACACCACAGAAACUCCUUCUUCAUAAAGAUGCCGACGACGACGACGUGGAGAGGAAGUUAACAAAGAACUGGGAGGAAGGACGUAUUCAGAUGUAUAAUAUCCAAGUAAGUGAUUUAAUUGUUGGAGUGAAACCGAGCGUAGGAAAGUGGAACUUGGUUUUGGCAAGUUUUUGGCACUUUGGACUCGAAAAACUUUGAGGAAGUGAAAGGGCGACGGAAUAUAAUAAUCAUAAUAAUAGAAUCUACACUUUGUACGAGAGGAAGGAAGGGAAGGAAGGAGGAAGAAUUGUGAAGGAAAUAAUUACCUCCGACACUCAACUCAACAAGAAGAAGACUUCAAAUCAGCCCCACGCACAAACUUUUAAGAUUUGCCAACUCGAACCUUUCUAAUGAUUGAUGAAAACCAGAAGGCACACAACCGUGUAACCUGAAAAUACGAUGAGAACCAUCAUCACUUUCACGGGAAUCGGAUUUUUCCUUCUCCUGGCCGUCACAAACAUCAAUGUCAGUCCUUUAGAACACUCUGGACAACAUGUCACCCCUUCAAUGGUGUCGAUGGCCAAUCUCAAGGACAAUAAAACUUGGCUGGAAGAUGGGAAAAUUGACCCUAUCAGCAUUUCCAUCAGUCCAGCUCCCACGUGGUCGUCAACUUUGCCAAAUUCCCCCCACUCCACCACCACCGCGACUACGACGACGGCGACGACGACGAAGGCGAGAAUCAACAUUCAUAAACCCGACCACGAGUCAUUAGUAUCCCCACCAACAGCUCUAUCACUGCCACCAUUUGGGUCAAUACCGACAAAAACGCCAAGCGCCAUGCAAAAAACGUCAAGCCAUCAUCAUGAGCACCAUAAACUGCUACACGGGAGCAGCGGUAGUAGUAGUGGCAGUGGUAAAUCGAUCGAAUCUUCCAACAACAACUUUCUCCGAGAUAGAAAAUCCUUCAGCUCAAGGGAAACAAUUAUAGAGGUAAAGAGGUCAGCAGAUGAGUUUGAAUUUCAACUGGAAUCUCCAAAUCCUCCUCCAAUGAGUUUAGCAAGUUCUUCCACAAGGAUUACAGGACCUUACUUCGAGUCCAACAAAACCACGGUCCAUCUCACAGCUCGAGCCGGACAGACUGUUCUUCUAGACUGCGCUGUUAUUCUACUCCAAGGAAGAACGGUUUCCUGGCUUAGACGAAGGAAGGACAACUUGCAGCUCCUGACUGUAGGCAACGCCACGUACUAUUCUGAUUCCAGGGUUGGGCUACGUUUCAGAUAUCCAAAUAACUGGAGAUUAGGAAUCGACAUGGUUCAGAAAAAAGAUGAAGGAGAAUAUCAUUGUCAGCUAUCGACGCAUCCUACGAAGGCUUUGAUUUUUCAUCUGAAAGUCAUAGCUCCAGCGGUGCAAAUAUUAGAUGAAAAUGGACAUGUCGUCACAGAACGUCAUUAUAAAGUAGAUUCAUCACUUCACCUAACUUGCAAGGCUAGCAACGUUGAUAUCGCUAAAUCGGUGGAUAACAUUCUUUGGCUGAAAGGAGCAAAUCCCUUGCCCGGAGGUGAUAGUCGCAUCAAAGUCAAAUUGUCGAAAAGUCAGGGCAGCGGAGAGGCGACUGGAUAUUUGUCAGUGUUGUCCGUCCGGAAAGGGGACAGUGGGAAUUACACUUGUGUCAGUGGCCGAGCUUCUUCCACAAUUUCUGUUCAUGUGCUUAACGGCGAACUGUUGUACGAGUUGCAACACGAAUCUACUGCAAAUUCCCGGAUGGUGUUAGGCAGCCAACUUUCUCCCCUCGUGUGGAUUUUAGCGUCACUUUCACUAUUGAUUUCCACACUGUGCCCAACCGCUUUGCAUAUGGGAUCUCACCAUCAGCAUCACCGCCACUUUCUCUCCUAGACAGUCUCGCCAGCCCUUCAUUUAUGUAGCCAACCACAACCCACAGGCCAACUGCUACAUUCUGGCCAGAUUGUGAUAUUACAAGAACAAGGUGACAUUCGCCAUCUUUCUAAUAAGUGACACACACACACACACAAUUCCGAAUAAGAAGUAGUGACAGUUGGAGAAUGGCCACCCAGAGAAAUUUUAUUCCAUCGCAUUGUCGAAUUGUUCCGUUCAAAUAUUAUUUUCUGGAGACACUCCUUUUUCAAUGAUGGAUGAAGGUCGUCCCCUUUAGCACAAUGUCAUUCACCAAGGAUAACAAAAAUGACAUGAGACAUGUGGUGAAAGUUGUCAAGAUCAGAAUGGGAAGAACUUGAUGUCUAACGAUCCUGCUCCUCUUUGUCAGCGUCCAAACUUCAUUGUGGUCUCCAUGUCAUCUCGCUCGGCCACUCGGUCCGGAAUCUUCUGAGAAACCCUUAGAUUCAGCAUCACCUUGUACUCGGAAAGAGAAACCAAUCAGAGGGGAAGUCGCAUGUUGAUGUGCAAAGCCGGUGACUGAGCUGAUAUAAAUUUGAAGUGAUACUUAAAGGGCAGGGCGUAUCUCAAGUUAAGGAGAGAAAGUUAACUUGAAAAUGAUUGAGCGGACAUCAUCCUCCACCGCCAUCGCUACAUCAGCCCUGUAUGUACCAUCAACAAGAAAGUUUGCCAGCACCGACCACACACUAGGAUCCAAACUUCAUACGUAGUUUGGAAAAGUUCAUACUUUCUCCUGGAGACUUUUCUAAUGGGACAUAUUGCUCCAGAAAAGUUUCUGGUGCAAAUAGCCCUCAAGGGAAGCGGAGAGUCAAGCGAAUUUUCAAAGUUGCUCCACCAAUUUUUUUUAGAUCCAAAAAGAAAAACUGAAUACCAUACAUUGUGUUUGUGUGCAUGUGUAGUUUUGCUGUGGCAAAGUGGCAUUUGCGGGCGAGGCCAAGGAAAAGACAAAUGAUGAAGGUUGGCAGGAAAUGAAAUAAUUUCAAGUAGGAACAAUUUUGCGUAAAAGUGUAGGAUACGCAUCAACCUCGAAACCCUGUAUUUUCUUAAUCGAUAGCAGUGUAAUUACUAAAAGAAAGCAAAAUAUAUCAGAAUGACUAUCUAUUAACGAGCCAACACAUUUAUAUAUAAGGUCGAAUUAAUGUAAUUAUAAUUGUAAUAAUAUUCAUCACCCAAGAUCUUAAGCUCUGUUAAUUGUGAGUUUAAUAUAUUGUAGGUUAACUUGCUGGAGCGCAGAGUGAUGAGAAUGUAACAUGAGUAAAUACUGUUUAAUGUAACUCUCAUUAAUUAAAUUGUGCAUACUCCGUUUAAGAUUAGUAGAAAGAAUGCAUUUAGAUCGUCGUAUGCGUCUGUAUAUCGUGACAACCAGAUAAUUGAUUAUAAUUCUCCAUAAUGCAUAAUUAGGUUUUAAAAUUAAGUAACUGGAAAUAUAACCUUGUAUUGUACUGAGUUUCCAAAAAGUGAGUAUACCUAUUUGAUUACUUGUAUUAUGUUUUUGUGAUACCCAAAUACCACAUGUAGUAAUGUCGCAUGUUGUUAAGAAAUAUCUAUAAAUAAGGAUCUACUGGAGUAAAUAAAUAUACAUAAUAGCAUGUUAAUCGUGAAGAGCAAAUAAUAAAUCAAACAUUUAAGCAUUGCUGGUUUAA